AUGGGGGACGCAAGCGUGCCGUCGCUCAGCACAACACCCGAGCCUCCGCCGCCAACCAACCGCGUCAGGGAGUUGAGACUCGCCGCGAAGUUGGGCUCCACCGCAGGGGGCUUUACCCCACUGGAUUUUCUUCUUUGCGGCAUCACCCUCUUCGAUCGCAAUGCCCUUCACCAGCAAAAGACUCCUGCCAGUCAUGCCGGCAAGUUCCUCCCCAGGCUGUGCAGGGGUACAUCCGCCCAGCAGCAUGUAGACAUCGUUGCCACGCACAAGCACUGUUGGCCGCAUUACGUCCGCUGCCUUGUUGACAGCCGACUCACUUCCCUCCACAACUUGUGUGCAAAGCCGACUUGCGUCCGCCGCCCAGAUUUCCGUUGCGCCCCCCGCUGGUUUCCUGAGGCGCUUCGACGCAAUCCCAGUUAA